AUGCCAUCUGGACUGCCCAAUGCACCAAUAGCUUUUAUGGGAUUGAUGAAUAGAGUGUUCCAUGAUAUGCUAGAUCAGUAUGUGAUUGUCUUCAUUGAUGAUAUUUUGAUCUAUUUCAAGAGUAGAGAGGAUCACGCAGUCCAUUUGAGGUCAGUAUUACAGAAGUUGAGAGAGAAGCAGUUGUAUGUAAAGUUUAGUAAAUGUGAAUUUUGGCUAUCACAAGUGAAUUUCUUGGCACACAUUGUAUCUGCUAGGGGUAUUGAAGUUGAUCCUGGAAGGGUAAAGGCAGUAUUAAAUUGGGAGUCUCCCAAGACUGGAAGUGAGAUUUGGAGUUUUCUGGGCUUAGCAGGAUUUGAAGAACCGAUUGGUGAUAGCUCCAGUCCUUACCAUUCUAGAUGGUACAUCAGAAAAGCUAAUGUGGUAGCAGAUGCUCUAAGUAGGAAACACGGAGUACCUACAUUAGUUGCACUUACUUCAAACACUAUGUUGAUUGAGGAAGCAAGAGAAUUUGGUUUGGAAGUAAUUGUGGGAGUGGAGAUACCUGAAGAUAUGACACUUGCCACACUUACCAUUAAAGCAUCUUUGUUUGAACUGAUCAAGGAAGCCCAACCUAAAGAUGAUAAAUUGAGAAAGACUAUAAAUGCAAUCAAUGAUGGAAGACGGGGGAAUUUGAGAUUCAUAGUGAAAGAUGGAACUUUUUGGUUUAAUGAUAGAUUGUGUGUUCCAAAGUAA